AUGAAAAGAAAGCUAAAAGUGAACAAUGGAAGGCGGACAAUUCUAGAAAAUUUCUGGAAACCUAUCACUUCCGAUGAUGACGCAUGCAGAGCUUCUGAUGAAGAGGCAGUAAGUUCGAACUCAUCUUUGAAUGAUCCAACUUAUUGUCCAGAAAAGGAGCAAUCUUGUACUUUGUAUCGACGUCGAAAAUCACAAUUUCGAAGACAUUCUCAUGGCACAACACCAAAAUCAUUGCAUUCUCGUAGACAAUGCAGUGUUGCAACAUCGAAGUCAUUACAUUCUCGAAAGCAUCUCAGUGUUGCCUCAUCAAAGUCGUUUCAGUCUCGAAGACUUUCUAGGGGUUCAUCACCGUUUUUCAAAAGAAUUCUCAAGGGUGGCGGCAUCAGUGGAACAGUGAAUGAGCAUUGUGGUAGGAACGACAUACGUAGUCAGGAAAGUGAAAAUCUAAAGAAUAACAAGAAGAAUAAGGCAAGAAAUGGUGAAUCGAAUAAUUUUCUGAAUGAUUUACCACUAGUCGCAAAGUCACCACCCAUUGGUACAGAAGCAUCUAUGCCAGUCACCGGAAUUACUCUAGGAAAUGAAGAAACAUUUGAUUACUCAAUUGAUAGUUCUUCAAUAAACCUAAAAAGCAAUGACUCAUCAGAUAAAGAAACAUUUAAACGAGGCGUAAGUAAAGAAAAAAAAUCUAAACGUAUAGGAACUUCAAGAAAAAAACGUGGACCAAAGGAAUUCUCAAAUACAGAUUUAUCAUACGAUUUCGUAUUACCACGAAUACAUACGAUAACUAUUGGUAAUUUCGUUCUCGAACCACUAUAUAUGUCACCAUUACCUUUGGAGCUUGUUAAAAAAGGUCAUAUUUAUAUCUGUGAAAAAUGUCUGGAUUUCAAAGAGUGCAAGAAAACGCUGGAAAGGCAUUUGAGCAAAUGUUACAUCAAUCAUCCACCAGGUAAUGAAAUUUUUCGCCAGGACAGUGUUUCAGUUUUCGAAAUUGAUGGUAAUAUAUCUAAAGCCUACAGCCAAAAUUUAUGCCUUUUAGCAAAGCUUUUCAUCGAUCACAAGACGUUGUUUUAUGAUGUUGAACCGUUCCUCUUUUAUGUUUUAACUGUACAUGACUUAACUGGUCUUCAUGUAGCUGGCUAUUUUAGCAAGCAAAAAUUCAGUUCCGAGAACAAUCUUUCUUGCAUAUUAACUUUACCUUCCUAUCAAAACAGAGGAUACGGUCGCUUCUUAAUCGACUUCAGCUUUCUUUUGUCUCGACGCGAAGGAAUAACAGGAACACCGGAAAAACCUCUGUCAGAUCUAGGUAUUUUGGCAUACAGGAGUUAUUGGCGUAGCACAGUGCUUGAAUAUUUCAAAAGACCUAGUUCUAGAAAUCAUGUCGUUCUGUCGAUUGAAGACAUCGCAAAAACUACUGGUAUAUCCGUAGAAGAUAUUAUGAAUACGAUGAUAGAGCUGGGAAUGCUGCAUUUUGAUCACAAAGGAGAAUUAAAGUCCUUGAUUAUCAAUGAUGAUCUCAUCGAAUUGCACUGGUCAAAAGCUUCGAAAGAUGUCAGACGUAUUUGGAUUGAUGAGGAUAACUUAAAGGUUGAUCAUACCUUUUUGUCGUUAAAAAUUACAUGUAUGGAGUAG